AGUUUUUUCGUUUCUUUUUUUAUUGCAAAAAACAAAAAUAAAACCAGCUGAAAAAUGAAAAUCAAGUCUCUCCAAACAUGUGGUGCCUAAUCCACUGAUUUAUCUCUCAGGCUCUCUCACACCUCUCUUUCUCUCCCUCAGGGAAAGGCGUACUCCCUGUUUCAAUUCUCUGAAGCCAGCAUCAUAAUUUUGGCAUUGCGAGUUGCCUUUAUUUGCUUAAAUCAUGGCUUCUUCUUCAAUGCUCAAUGGGGCGGAAAGCUUGACACUUAUUAGAAAAAUAGCUCCAAAAGGGUUAGGCUUUACAGGUUCAGAACUCAGUGGGAGGUGCUUUCCUAAGAUGACAGUGGUAUCCUAUGGUAAAAUUUCUAAAUCUAGAAAAACUCUAGGAGGAGUUAGAUGCAGCAGCAGCAGUCUUUCAUCAUCUAGACCAAGUUCUCAACCUAGGUUUAUACAGCACAAAAAAGAAGCAUUUUGGUUUUAUAGAUUUCUCUCUAUAGUAUAUGACCAUGUUAUAAACCCUGGGCAUUGGACUGAAGAUAUGAGAGAUGAUGCACUCGAACCCGCUGAUUUAUCCGAUAGGAAUAUGAUAGUUGUUGAUGUUGGAGGUGGAACUGGUUUUACUACUCUGGGUAUUGUAAAGCAUGUUGACGCCAAAAACGUUACUAUUCUUGAUCAGUCUCCUCACCAACUUGCCAAGGCAAAGGAGAAGGAGGCACUGAAGGAUUGCAAGAUUAUCGAAGGUGAUGCUGAGGAUCUUCCAUUUCGUACUGAUUAUGCUGAUAGAUAUGUAUCAGCUGGAAGUAUUGAGUACUGGCCAGACCCCCAACGUGGCAUCAAGGAAGCAUACAGAGUCUUGAAACUAGGUGGCAAAGCUUGUCUAAUUGGUCCUGUAUAUCCGACCUUUUGGUUGUCUCGCUUCUUUGCGGAUGUUUGGAUGCUGUUCCCAAAAGAAGAAGAAUACAUUGAGUGGUUCACGAAGGCCGGAUUUAAAAAUGUCCAACUCAAGAGGAUUGGACCAAAAUGGUACCGUGGUGUACGUCGACAUGGCCUUAUCAUGGGAUGCUCCGUAACUGGUGUGAAGCCUGCAUCUGGGGAUUCUCCUUUAAAGCAGCUUGGACCAAAAGAGGAAGAUGUGGAAAAGCCAGUUAACUCAUUUACCUUCUUUCUGCGUUUCAUUCUGGGAAUCACAGCAGCGGCAUACUAUGUGCUAGUUCCCAUUUACAUGUGGAUCAAAGAUCUGAUAUUUCCCAAGGGAAUGCCUAUAUGAUAGCCAACGUCUCUUACCCAACUUUAAGUGUGAUUAUCAAGUCUGUAACAACCUAUAUUUUCACUAUUCAUGAAUAAGCUAGCAUGUUUUUUUGCCGAUGAUGCAAACAUUCAGUUCAAGUACUUACUGCUGCUCGUUUGGUCUGGUAGCUCUUCAAAACAAUGCUAGAAGUAAUUGCAUAAUACGAGCAAAUAUUUACUGCGUUA